GCACCCUCAUGGCGGCCAUUACAAUUCCAUCAUGCAGCAGCCAGCCUUGUUGGCGGGCCAUGUCGCGCUCCCAUCCAACCAGACGCUCAAUGUUGGCGUUGCUCAUGUCAUGAGGCAACCCUCCUCCAACAAUAACUCAUCUUCCAAAAAGAACAAACAGCACCAGCAUUCUGGCAGGAACACUUCAGCCUACGAAGUGUCGUCUUCUCAGGCGGUGCUGUCGCCGCAGCGCUCCAAGCGGGUGAAGGAGAACACGCCCCCACGUUGCGCCGUGCUUCAAAGCAGCUCCGCCUCCGUCUGCCCCCCCUCGCUGGGCUGCGGGUGGGGCGGCGCUAUGGAGGCAGAGCAGGCGUCCAGCACGAGGCGUGACAACAUGAACCAACAGCACGUGCCCAGACAGACCAUCAUCAUCCCGGACACGCCCAGCCCCGCCGUCAGCAUCAUCACCAUCAGCAGCGACACCGACGAGGAGGACGACCGUAAACAAAACCAUGGCUCCUUCUCUAAGCAGAGGAAGAAUGUUAUCAGCUGUGUGACCGUCCAUGACUCACCUGACAACGACUGUUCCAUCAACAACAGCCCUUACACCGUGGAGUCCAGAACAACCACCACCACCAACAACAACAACAACAACAGCAGCUACGACACAAAGACCUUCAUACUGGACAAUUACAACAACGGCAACCCGCGCACCAUCAUCGUCCCCCCACUCAAAACCCAGACCAGCGAGGUUGUGAAUGAGUGUGAACGCUUGAUGCCAGAUGCAAUGAAUCAUCAGAAUUCCACAUAUAAGUUCAAAUCCUCCAAUGGAGUGGUCUCUGGCAAUAAUCACGUCCAUGGAGGGGUGACUGCAUCGUACCGACAGCAGCGCUCAGGGCCACACCUCCUUCAACAACAGCCUCUUAAUCUCAGCCAGGCCCAGCAGCACAUGGUAGCAGACCGAAACGGAGGUCACCGCCGCCAGCAGGCCUACAUCACCCCCACCAUCGCUGCUCAGGCCCCAUACUCCUUCCAUCACAACAGCCCCUCCCACGCCGGCAACGUGCACCCGCACCUGGCGGCCACGCACAUCCCCAGCCAGCCGCACCUCUACACCUACACGGCGCCCGCCGCUCUGGGCUCCACGGGCACGGUGGCUCACCUGGUGGCGUCGCAGGGCUCGGCCCGCCACACCGUCCAGCACGGGAGCUACCCGCCGAGCAUCGUUCACCAGGUUCCGGUCAGCAUGAGCCACCGCGUGCUGCCCUCACCCACCCUGCACCACAGCCAGUACCAGGCCCAGUUUGCCCACCAGGCCUACAUCAGCGCCUCGCCUGCCUACACUGGAUACCCAUUGAGCCCCGCCAAGGUGAACCAGUACCCUUACCUCUAGAGAAGACACUGGAUAGGCUCCUUAGCCCCGUCUUCAUCCCCCUCCACCUCACUUCAGAACCCAGACGGAGGACCUCGCAAUCCUCACGAAGCGGUCCCUCACAACUUGGAAGACAAGAGAAAGAAAAAGUCGGACGAGAGGUUGCGUUUCUUUCCAUUGUUUUUCUCUGCAAAGGGCCAGUUUAGAUUAUUUUCGAGGAAAGUCUCACUAGUUUUACAGGGAAGUUUUGGCGACGGGAUGCAUUUUGGGGGAAAGGGGGGCCUGCUGGAGAGGGGGGUCACUGACUGGAAGUUUGGAAUCCCAAGAUAAAUUGGGUGAAGGUGAAAUACGGAAACCUGCUGCUCUUCAAAGAUUUAAAAAAAAAAUAUCGAUGGCCUUGAACUGUCUUAAUGUUUCCACACUUGGUGUCGGGAGAAAAGCGGGGCGACUCCCCUCCACUCCAACUCUUUAAGCCAAGGAGGCUUUCUGGAAAUAUAACCAACAAAAGACAAGAAACUUUUGUAAUGUAUUUAUAGAUAUUUUUGGUUUCUCAAUACUUUAGUUUUAGCGAUAGGUGUCUUAGCCCGGCCCCCGUUCAUAGAAUGUAGCAGUCUACACCAACAUCUUUUUCUCCUGAUACCAAUACUUUGACUUGUUCCUAUUUUUACCGUGAUUGCACAACGUGGUUAUAAUAACAUAGGCAUGUACAAUGUGUGUGUGUGUGUGUGUGUGUGUAGUCCACCUCUUUUAGGUUCCGUUCCCUCGUAGUGCCUUACAGAAGUAACAACACCGUUUACUCACAAAUCCACACGACACAAUGGAGACACACGUAGGUCUUGUCCCUGCUUUGACUUCUUUCCAGGUGUAGCCUCUGCUUCUUGCUCGGUUUCAAAGACUCUAGAUGACUUAUGUCUUUUUCAUUGUGGUGUGCAUGAGGUAACUUGCUUGGGUGUACUUACCAAAGUCUUUGAAAAAAUCCUUAUGGAGAUGCCGUGAAUGCAAAGGUGAAAUGACGUAGCGUAGCCGUGACGGCCUGUUCUUUAAAAUAAUUUUAUAGUUUGUACAAUACAAAAAUGGCUCCUAAAAUGAACUGAUAAUAGUCAUUUUUGCAUACAGUAGAACCCUGGCUAGUCGCAAAUUAAUAUUUUUGAUGCCACGCAAGCUCGCUCCUUCCCCUCCAAACCCUCCUGCUAAAUUAAUUUAACAUUAUCCUCCCAUCAACAGUUGUUGUACUGUAGUUCGAUCAAACUUUUCGAUGAAUUAUAUUUAUAAAGCUCUUUUUUUCUAGAGACUCAAAGCGCUUUUCAUAGUGAAACCCAUUAUCGACAUCUAUAAGCUGUAUUCAA